UUCACUGGCCGUUGACACGAAUGCAGGAAAAUGCUGCCUCAGCCGAACAGGCAUUAAAACUCAUCAAAACUUGAAUGAAAUGAUCAGUGUACAUUUGCCGUUGCCAGUCUCAGUGAGUAGUGAGUGCUACGGUGCCAUAAUGAAUUUUAUCUGUAGGAAUCUGUUCGUCGUGGUAACAAUUUUAAUCAUUUCACGAGGAUUGUAUACUCGAGGAAUAGUUCCUUCAAUUGGUAAAGUGAACGACAGAUUUUCAGAAAGUGGUCAGUUUGUAGAAAUUAGUGAUUCUGCUAAACAGAAGCCAGUGAAUAAAAGUGAAUUUGAUAUUCCACCAGAAUUUUACUUCGUUCCAAACUCUAACGACAAAGGAGAAACUCAACAGUACGAAGAGCUGGCGAGAGGACUGCGCACCAAGAAGUCGGGGCCCGUGCCAGAGGCCGCAAUGUGCUUCGAGCUCCCUGCGCAAAUUCCCGGCGAAGUGCCAAUGACGGUCUGCGAGCCUAUUAGUGUGGCACGUGGGCCAUCCCAUGGCACCAACACUGCGCGUUACACCGGCCCCCCGCACUCAACAACUCCCCUCGUAGUUCUUCCUCCACGUCAAGUCGCCUCUGCAUCACCCUGGCCCCCGGCUCACAACAUUCAGUCAGUUGACGGUAACAGUUUACCUCCACAAGGCGCAAAUCAUGUGCCCCCCAUGCAGUUUCCAGAUCUCAUGCUGCCGCCCUUUCAGAUGAACUACGUCCCCUUUCCCCCUCAGAUGAACUACGCUCCCUUUCUCCCUCCCUCUCAGGCUAACUACGCUCCCCCUCAGAUGAACUACGCUCCCAUUCUCCCUUCUUCUCAGGCGAACUACGCUCCCAUUCCCCCUUCUUCUCAGGCGAACUACGCUCCUCUUCUCCCACCCUCUCAGGCGAAUUACGCUCCCCUUUUCCAUCCCUCUGAGGCGAACUACGCUCCCAUUCUCCCUUCUUCUCAGGCGAACUACGCUCCCAUUCCCCCUUCUUCUCAGGCGAACUACGCUCCUCUUCUCACACCCUCUCAGGCGAAUUACGCUCCCAUUUUCCAUCCCUCUGAGGCGAACUACGCACCCUUCCCCCCUCAAAUAUACUACACACCACCUCUCUCUAAAACUUACUAUGCACCCCCUCCCCAUCAUUUGUUCUACGCAUCUCCCGACUUAUUCUAUAAUUAUGGCGACGCUAACAAACCAGAGGGAGCACCUCCAGCCGUUGAGUCUCAAGGCGUUCCAUCCAAGAAUAGACCGACGAAUAAGAUAAAGAAUCAAGAAGAAAAACACAAGGUACCAUCUCCAUUGGAAGAUGCAGUCUCAUCAAAUGACGAGCUCAAAGCCAGAGCAGCUAACACAAACGCGUAUCCUGUGGCACAAGAAGGACCUCCUAGCCAAUUUUAUGGUUCGAACAACCAACAUCUGCCAGAUCGAGGACAUCCGAAUUCCAUGUACCAUCCAAGCAGUGCGAGCCUCUUCACAUCCGGACAGAACUUCGACAAAAGCUCAGAAUCACCUUCAAUGAAUAAGUUCGCUCCUGCUGCUUUGACCUGCAAGAUGCAUGAUUUUGAAGCCAAAAAGCCUAGUGAAUCCAUUGCAUUCCUCCAGCUUUUUCUGAAACCAAAUCCUUAUGUCCAUAACAGCUACAGUGAGGGAGUGCCGGGGAGUAGCAACAGCGCUGGAACUUUCGAUGUACAUGGAAUGGAGGCUGAGAGCGAAAUGGCGCGGCAUGUGCAUCAGCAAGCCGCUCCUUGGGAUUGGUCCCAAGGACAAGAUUUCCAUUUUAACGGAGGGCAGCGUCCGGGCUUAUCGAAGGAGUUGAACCAAGGCCAGUGGUGGAGCGCAGACCGACCGCAAGUCUGGGGUCCACAGCAGAUAAGGUUGGUGCCCAACCACCAUCACCUCCUCCUAAACAAGCAGUUGUUAACGACGGAAUCAAACAAGAAUGGAUUCCAACCACCCAGUCCUGAAGGGAGUCGAUCUUCAGUGGCAACAACACAGCAGCAGGGAACAAAUGAAACAACAGAUAAACAAAUGAGACUCGACGUGGCGAAGGCGAAACUUCUGCAGAGGUAUCAGACGGAAGCUAGAGGGCAGCAGGGAGACAAAGAACUGCCUCUGUCUGUCAGCGUCAGCGACUGCACGGAUGCUCAGCCGUGUGCCAACGCUUCUGGAGAGACAGAGGGUUCCACAUUGCACACAAGGUCAGCUGAUAACAUCGGCGACUCGAAACAUGAAGAUUCCAGAGCAGUCCAUGAUCCAACAAACAACGGAACGGAUCCAAGUGAAAUUCCUGAAAAUGGACCAAACAGCUCUGCUCCUUCGGAUGACACGGAAGACAUCUCAGGGAACUCAACCGCAGGCACGAGCUGCAAGAACUCAAGUUGCUCGGAAGAAGCAGGGAAUUACACGGAAUUGCAGAAAGGCAACACACAAGAAAUCCACAGAGAUUCAAACAGCUAUCCGAAAAAAAUAAUUACUUACGAAAAAAGUACGAUGAAUCUUAAGACUUCUGUUACUGAUUGGCGAAACAACACUGUACAUGAAAAAAAUUUAAACAAGGAAUCGACAGACUCAGUUCCUAGUUUUACAGAGGAAACAUAUGCAUCAAGCACAUAUAACACUUUAAGUAAGAAAGGAUUAAGUCAAAGCCCACUGAAAAUUGAUUCAGCGCAAAUUCCACGUUCAAUCGACAUCCCGAAGAACGAAUUUAGCAACAGAAACUCUUCUCUUCACAACGAAACUGAGACGGCAGUCACGUCCUUGGGCUCUAGCGACAUGAUGACGACAGCGUCCCUGAAGUUCGACACAGAAGUCGAGGGGAAUCAAGAAGCUGACAUUACCACGGAAGUGGGUGUUAAUAACGGAAGUUACCCAGAACCACAAGACAACUACACGGAGUCUUCAACAACGAAAACCAGUAAUGAAGUUAGCAUGACUGGCGCAGGCAGAACGACCCCAGGCGAUGUUAUAGUCACUAGCGCAGAAUUUGAUGCGCCUCGUGAUUCAAUUUUGAGCAAGGCCAGAAUUAACAGCGACUCUCAUAAAAUGGACCAUUCUGAUGAAAUAGUUCCACAUUCUAAUGUGAAUAAAUCUGAUACCAUUUCGAAAAAUGCUGUUGGUAAUGACAGUUUUACAAAUCCCACAGACAAAAAUUUAGAUUUCGUUGCGAUUAAAACAAAGAGCCGAGGUUCCAGGGUAAAUUUCAGAAUGGAAAAUAAAACUGUCACGACUGGUACAGGAAAAAUGUUCAGAAGCGAUAUUAUAGUUUCCAGUGCAGAAUCUAACACAUUUCACGAAACCAAUGAGAGUACCGGAGGAGUUAACUCCAACGCCAACGAACCUGGAAACAAUUCAAGCGAAAAUCCGUUUCUGUCGGAGCCAGUAACUGCCGAGACACUCGCUCGUGAAAUGACAACUCCCAGAGAGUCACAAUUGACUCCCUACAGCCUCAACACAGAAUCUGUAGCGACAGCGAUGCCUGUAGAGAGAUCAAGUCACGUGAUCUCCGGCGAGCAGUCUCGGAAUUCAAACAAAAGCAAAGGAGGAGAGGUUCUAUCAACAGGCAGCACUUCCGGUCACGAAAUAAGUUUCAACGGUGAAAUCAAAGACAAUUUCAAUGACUCUAAAAAAUAUGUCAGCGAACGUAUGGGUCACACGAAUGAAUCACAAACAUCACUCCAGUCUGUCGAUGCGAGUUCUCGCCCAGAAGAUUUUAAGAAAUCAAACGUUUCCACGCAGGACGAUGCAUCGACUGUAUCUUCCGACAAAAGAAAUAGUGCGACAGAAAUUACGCCGCCUACUGAGUUCGCUGAAGGAGAAGCUUCGAAGGUGUCAGAUGACGUCAGCGUCACUGAGAAGGGAAACGCUCAAAGUCAGAAAUCCAACCGCCAGAUGAAGUCCGUACGUGGUUUUCCUCAGACAGAUAAACUACAUGUGGGAUAUUCUCACGGCGGAAGUUUCCAGAACAGUGGGAAGAAUCGAACUGGAACGUACACUCAGUUCCAGCCGAUAGCGCCCCCCAACGCCAUGCAAUUUUUGGUUUAUGCAAACGCACAAAAUCCCCAUUAUGUAGGCAACGGAAGGGGUUCCGGGACGCUGUUCAGAAUGUUCCAGCAACCUUUCAUUUACCCUCCCCCUCCUCCUCUCGAGCAUUAUGAUCACUCCGCCGGAUACAAUUCAAAUAUCCGUUCCGGAAAUAAAUAUGAUAGGCGGAGGAACACUGGCGAAGCAACCAAUACGCAGGCAGAGGUGAAUGCUGACGGCCGCAAGGCAGAGGAUGAAUUCCCCGUUUCGAUUACUUUGGGAGACAAAUAACGUGUUGAUUAAUGAGUGUAAAAUUUAUUAUUGUUGGGUUGGAUAAUCUGAAGUUGCAAGUGAGUUUGUGAUAGUGAAGAAUGGAUUCAGUGCAGGACCUCGGGACACAGCAUAACUUUUUAAUAUUACAUAAUUCUCGCCUUCUGAAAAUGGAACCGUGACGGCAGUUCGUACACACAGAGAUUUGUGUGCUAAAUAAGAUUUAGAUAUCUAUUUAAUUGAAGUGAAUCUACCUAGAAGUAUCAAAAUAUAAUUUUAAUACCA